AGGCGGCAGAGCUGCUGGCUACGGCGCGACGGCGAGCCCUCAGCGCCGGUGCCCAGAGCCGCGAGUGGGGCGAGGCCAGGCGGCAGAAGCAGAAGGCCGUCGAGAGCGAGGACUUCGCCAAAGCGGGCGAACUGAAGCGGAGGCAGGAUGCGCUGGAGGGUGCGGUCGACGUGGACGCCGAGCUCUGUCGGCUGGCGGAAAGCAAGCGCAAGGCCGCGGAGGAGGAGGACUUCGGCCUCGCCUCCGAACUCAAGACGCGCGAGCGGCACCUGCGAGAGGUGUUGGCCUCGCUGAGUACCUCCGCAGCGGAGACGGCCGCCGCGCUGAGCAGGGAGGCGCCGGCCCGGGCGCCGGCUCGGGCGUCUGGCCCGGGCGCUGGCUCGGGCGCCAGCCCGGGCGUCGGAAUCGGCCCAGGAGGCGGCAGCCUUGCUCAGGCCCCCGGCGCGCCUGCCCGAGGCGCUGCGAGCGGCGGCGGCGAGGCCAGCCCGUGGUGGAGGUCCUGCGCUGCUGGAGGCGGUCGCCGCUGACCUCGCGUCGGAGGUGCCCGCGCCAGGGCUCGCGGCGGGCCUCCCCUAACGGCGUGGCGGCGCAAUGCGCGCAGGGGGAAAGGGCGCUCCGAGCCGCGCAACCUCCGCCACAGUUCAAGGUUCCGUCCCAGACUUUGGGCGGAUGUUUUCGUCUUCC